CCAAAAGGAGAGGAAAUUAGGGAUUUCUAUCUCCUCGCUCUCUGUCUCCUCCACCACCGCCAUGGCGCUCCUCCGUAGAAAACAACUCAGAAGCUGUUCCGUGAUCGCCACGCUCGGAGACGAUCUCCUCGGAGAAAUUCUGAUCCGCCUCCCGAACACUAAAUCAGCCUUCCGGUGCAAACCCGUCUGCCGGCGUUGGAAGUCCCUGAUCUCCAGUCCCAGCUUCAGUCGCCGUUUCGUUUCGCGCCACCGGAGCACCGACGAGCCGCGGACUCUGCAUCUCCACACGGACGACGCCAGCGGCCCUAAAUCGGUAAUCAUGGGCUUCGUCCCUUCCAUGCCUCACAGAGUUCGAGACUGUUUCAAAGUUUUGGAUUGCUUCAAGGACCUGGUUCUAUGCGGGUAUAUGGAUCUAGAUAAAACCUACACCCGGGUUAGGGAUCCAGAUAAGAACUAUAACAAGCUUGGCAGAACGUACGUGGUCUGCAAUCCGUUCACGAAGCUGUGGAUGGCCCUUCCUUUAGCGCCCGAAAAGGCUGUGGGUUAUGAAGCACCAGUUACCAGCAUCAGGCGUGUAUUAAACUAGACGUGUUCUGUUCCGAGUCUGGAAAAUGGACCAGCGAGGCUCUUGUCUUUCCUGGUUAUCGCAAACUCGGUCGCAAAAAUGUGUGUUCGUGCAAUGGGGAGUUGUUUUGGUUGUAUGGUGUAGCCCAAGAGGUGGAGGGAACCCUAGAUAGAGAUCAGGAUGCUAGGGUGAAUCCUAUGCUUGCUGCGUUGAAUCCUUUCCGCCUUGAUAUGCCUCCCACCUGUAUCGAUGCUUCUGAAUUCGCUGAGAAUUCGCAGUGGGAUAUUUCGGUCUCGCAGGGUGCUUUGCACGUGAUUGAACUGCAAGAGGUAACUAAACCUGCUCUUUUAAGGGUUUGGAGACUGGAAAAGGAUAGGCUGUCUUGGGGGAAACAAUGUCUAGAGUUAUCGGAGAAGACAUCAAGGUGUAACCAUGACAUUCAAUCAUGGAGGAAACAGUGUGAAUGGUUGUUGGAGGAGAGAUCGUGGUAUGUAUAUAAACUCGAGCACUGUAAAAUCCUUGAUCUGCAUCCGGAGAAGCCAGAAAUUGCCUUCGUCCGGUACUUUGCUCCUUCUGGCGAUGACGAUGACAUACUGUGUUGGGACUUGAGGAGGGGAAAGCUAGAUUUCUUCACUGAUCUAAGACAACUUGUACCUCGUUGGAAGCUGUUCACGCCUAGGGUCUCUUGCUGGCCUACUCCAAUUCCAAGGUACGAGGAAUUGCGAGGUAUGUAUGAUGGAAGCUGCAGCUGGUUCAAGGCAGCAAAGAAAAACUUCCUCGGCAGUGGUUCAAAGCAGCAAGUAACAGCUCCCUCAACAACUGACGUUGCUGCUAUCGACAUUCUUCGUGCUGCCACGGAAACUCUGAAGAAUGAUUUCACGGACAAAAUGUUUUCGGUCCCAGUCUCCGGAGGGAAGAGACAUGGAUAUAACGCAGAGGUACUGAAGCUCGAUGAAGAGCUGGUCGAGUUAAGAUCUCAAAGAGAAAAAAUUCUUUCUCGUUAAGUUGAGCCAAGGAUCCUGCCGGUGAAUAUCUAACCUUCCAUGAUUCAGCUGCUGACGACCACUGUAGUAGGCUGAUCCUUCUUGGGCUCGGCUUGUUCCUCAACUCGGCCCAUUACGACAGCCUUUGGGCCUGGUCUCUACCUAACAAAUUCUCUUGAUGAUGAAAUUGGUGACGGCUUGACUCAAAAAUUAAAAUCCAUGAUUAGGUACACAAAGUAUGACUUAGGUCUUAGGUAAUCGUGAGAGUGGGAGCCAGAGCGAUUACAAAAACGCGAGAGCGUUAAAUUUUGAAAUAAUUUAAUAAUGAAAACGUGAUAGAUCAAUUUUGUUGCUAUUAUUGUUAUGAAGAUACUUAAAAUGUAGAGUAUACUUGUCAUAU